AUGCACCACCUGCUGGAGCAGCCCGCGGACAUGGCGACGGCGCUGCUGGCCGGCGAGAAGCUGCGGGAGCUCAUCCUGCCCGGCGCCCAGGACGACAAGGCGGGCGCGCUGGCCGCGCUGCUGCUGCAGCUCAAGCUGGAGCUGCCCUUCGACCGCGUGGUCACCAUCGGCACCGUGCUCGUGCCCAUCCUGCUCGUCACGCUCGUCUUCACCAAGAACUUCGCCGAGGAACCCAUCUACUGCUAUACCCCUCACAACUUCACCCGUGACCAGGCCCUCUAUGCACGUGGCUACUGUUGGACAGAGCUGAGGGACGCCCUGCCCGGGGUGGACUCCAGCCACUGGCCCUCCCUCUUCGAGCACAAGUUCCUGCCCUAUGCCCUGCUGGCGUUUGCCGGUAUCAUGUACGUCCCCGCCCUGGGCUGGGAGUUCCUGGCCUCCACCCGCCUCACCUCCGAGCUCAACUUUCUUCUCCAGGAGAUCGACAACUGCUACCACCGGGCGGCCGAGGGCCGGGCCCCCAAGAUCGAGAAGCAGAUCCAGUCCAAGGGCCCGGGCAUCACGGAGCGGGAGAAGCGCGAGAUCAUCGAAAACGCCGAGAAGGAGAAGAGCCCGGAGCAGAACCUGUUCGAGAAGUACCUGGAGCGCCGGGGCCGCAGUAACUUCCUGGCCAAGCUCUACCUCGCCCGGCACGUGCUCAUCCUCCUCCUGAGCGUGGUCCCCAUCAGCUACCUGUGCACCUACUACGCGACGCAGAAGCAGAACGAGUUCACGUGCGCGCUGGGCGAGCCUCCGGACGGCCCGCGGGGCUCGGUGCGCGUCAGCUGCAAGCUGCCGUCGGUGCAGCUGCAGAGGAUCAUCGCGGGCGUGGACAUCGUCCUGCUCUGCUUCAUGAACCUCAUCAUUCUCGUCAAUCUCAUUCACCUCUUCAUCUUCCGCAAGAGCAACUUCAUCUUCGACAAGCUGCACAAGGUGGGCAUCAGGACGCGCCGCCAGUGGCGCCGCUCCCAGUUCUGCGACAUCAACAUCCUGGCCAUGUUCUGCAACGAGAACCGGGACCACAUCAAGUCGCUCAACCGGCUGGACUUCAUCACCAACGAGAGCGACCUCAUGUACGACAACGUGGUGCGGCAGCUGCUGGCCGCCCUGGCGCAGUCCAACCACGACGCCACCCCCACGGUCCGGGACUCGGGCAUUCAGACCGUGGACCCCAGCGCCAACCCCGCCGACGGCGACGCGGGGGAGCCCCCUGUCGUCAAGCGCCCCCGCAAGAAGAUAAAGUGGAUCCCCACCAGCAACCCCCUGCCCCAGCCCUUCAAGGAACAGCUGGCUAUCAUGAAGGUGGAGAACCACAAGGCGGACAAGCCCAAGCCCGUGAGGAGGAAGACGGCCACGGACACGCUCAUCGCGCCCCUGCUGGACGCCCGAGCUGCUCACCACAAAGGGGCUGGGGCAGCGGAUGCCGCCGCUGCCGCGCCCGGCUCGGCCUCAGCCCCGCCGUCCGCAAGUAGCGAGAAGAAGCACGCCAGGCAUUUCUCCCUGGACGUCCAUCCCUACAUCCUCAGCAGCAAGAAGCCUAAGCCGGAGCUCCCGCCCAUUGCUGCCCUGCCCGCCUCCAAGAGCCAGGAGGGGGCCUUCCUCACCCAGGGGGAGGACUGCAGAGGGACCCGCAACAUGGUGCCAGCCAAAGAUCCCCCAGGCCCAGAAAAGGAAAUCCUGUACCCAGUGGAGCCAUGCCGGGCCAUGCCACCCCCCCCAGGAUCCUUCAAUGCCUGCCCCCCUACCACAACUGCUGGGGUCCCUGGGCCCCCGACUAGUAUCACCCCUGGCCUUGUGAAGCCUGAACCCAUGGCUGUCUUGAGCCACAACUCCACCCACCCCCUGCUGCACAUCAAUACCUUGUAUGAGGACCACCGGGCAGAGGAGGAGGAGGCCCCACCUCGAGCCUCCCCCGACAUGGCUGACCUCAUCGCCAUCCCCACCCCAAAGCAGAUUCUCAUUGCCACCUUUGAGGAGCCCCGGACAGUUGUGAGUACUGUGGAAUUUUAGACAGGCAACAAGGAUCACAUCCCCUAGGACCCCCCGCCUCCAGCCCUGGGUCAUCAUCAGAACCUGCCCCUGUACCCCCCAAACCCAACAGGAAACCGGCCACUGCAUGCCCUCACCAAGAUCCCCUGAAGCACCAGACCCAAGCACGAGUCUCCUAUUAGACCCACUGCCAGUGCCCAGGGGCAACCAGGGAUCCCCCUUCCCCCCACAUCCUCAACCACCCAGGCACCUCCGCCCCUGCUUAGCUACUGCUGCCUUGGUACCCUGACCUCCAGUGUCCAGGAACUAGGGAGCAACCUGUCCGCAGCCACUGUGGUUCUCAACAUGCACUUUAGCCAAGACUCCCUUCCCGUCAUGGCCAGCACCACCCAGAGCCACUUCCCAGGCCUUGCCUGACCUGCCUGGCCAGCCCGCGCUUCCGACGCAAGUCUCUAAGACCCUGGCCCAGCCCAAGCCACCUCGGUCACCUGUGCUUCCUGAAAACCACAGAGACUCCCGGCGUAGCCCAGAAGGGCCUUCCCCGGGGCCUCAUGAACACUGGAUAUGCAAUACAGUUCUGGGGCCCAGCCUCCCACUUGGGUAGGUGGGGAUGGGAGAGGACUGCCAGGGUAGGUGCUCAGGCUUGGUCCUGUCCUCAGGUGAGUCUGGGACAGGGCCCGGAGGCCUCCCCCAGCCCCGAGAGGAGUGACAUGUGGCCCUGGGAGUAACCAGAUGAAGAGUUUAUUUUUUUAAUCUAUUUUGUCAUUAACCUCGGGUGCUGGGCUAUUUAUUCCAAGGACGGAUGCCUCUCCCCCCUCCCCCCCCCAUGGAAGGGUGGAAGGAAAUUCAUUAGGGGCCCAGGAUGGCCUGUCCCAGGAGCCCACCAGCUACCCUCAGCCCAGGGCUAGCCCCACACGGUGCAGUGUUCCACCCCAAAUCAUUCCCUCUCAGGAAGGUUCAGUCUUCCUCCUAAGGAAUCACACUGCCCCCCCCCCCCCGCCCCGGCCCCCCAGCUUCAACACCUGGGGCCCUGGCCUCCUCCAGGGCAAUGUCCCCACCCUCCCAGAGCUCAGGCCUCUCUCUUGUAGUUCAGUGUCCCUUGAUCAAUCCCCCCCAGCACCCUGGGGGCCCCUCCCCCUUUCAAUUGCACUUUCUCUUUACCACUGGAUAUCCAUGUGUUUUCAUUUCGUUAUUAAUGCUGUAACUGAUCAUUUAUAAUUCGGGUUUGGAAACUCAGAGCCGAGUUUUCACCAGAACAAGAGAAAGGAGGAGGAAGAAGGGUGUGGAGAAUGUACUAACUGUAUCUUGCAAUAACCACCCAUCCUGAGCCCUGCUAGGCCCCCUCUGCCAGCGCUCUGGGCAGGGCGGGCCGGGGCUGGAAGAGGGGAGCAGAGGGAAACUGCCCUGAAGGGGGACGAAGGGUUACCUGGCUCUAGCAUCUAUUACCUCAGACACGGCAACGGACAGCAGUGUUGAACAAAAAUAGCACUAAAUAGACAAAUAAAUAUUAUUCUAACAACA